AUGCUGAAGAUCUUGAAAAAUUUGCAAGAAGAACUAGCCACACAAGAUGAACAGAUCGCUAAACUUCAAAAAGAAAAGAAAGCUCUUCAAGAAGCACAUCAACAAACAUUGGAUGAUUUACAAGGCGAAGAAGACAAAGUCAACAGUCUUUCUAAGCAAAAGGCAAAACUUGAACAACAAGUUGAUGACCUUGAAGCUUCUCUCGAACAAGAAAAGAAACUCCGAAUGGAUCUGGAGCGAACUAAAAGAAAGUUGGAAGGAGAUUUGAGACUUACUCAGGAAACAGUCAUGGAUCUUGAAAACGAUAAACAGAGAUUGGAAGAGAAAUUGAAGAAGCAAGAAUUUGAAUACAGUCAACUUGCAACUAAACUUGAAGAUGAACAAGCUCUUGUUAUGCAACUCCAAAAGAAAAUCAAAGAACUUCAAGCUCGUAUUGAAGAACUUGAAGAAGAACUCGAAGCUGAACGUGCAGCAAGAGCAAAAGUUGAAAAGCAAAGAGCUGAUCUUUCAAGAGAGUUGGAAGAAUUAAGUGAACGACUUGAAGAAGCUGGCGGUGCAACUGCUGCACAGCUUGAACUGAAUAAACGCCGUGAGGCUGAAUUUUCAAAACUUCGCCGCGAGUUUGAAGAAUCCAAUCUUGCUCACGAAGCAACAGUUUCAACAUUACGUAAGAAGCAUGCUGAUUCAAGUGCUGAAAUGAGCGAACAGGUCGAUAACUUACAAAGAGUCAAACAGAAAUUGGAAAAAGAAAAGAGUGAAAUGAAAAUGGAAAUUGAUGAUCUCGCUGCCAACGUUGAGAGCGUUACUAAGGCUAAGCUUAACUAUGAAAAAAUGGCUCGCAAUCUAGAAGAACAGUUCGGUGAAGCAAAAUCCAAGUGUGACAACUUGACAAAAGAAGUAAACGAAUUGAACGCAUCUAAAGCGCGAUUCGCCUCAGAAAAUGGCGAACUUUCGCGUCAACUCGAAGAACGUGAGCAUUUGAUGGCUCAACUUACAAGAACCAAAAACAGUUCUUCACAACAAAUUGAAGAACUCAAGAGAGUUGUUGAAGAAGAAGCUAAAGCGAAAGCUGCUCUUGCACAUUCUGUACAAGCUUCAAGACACGAUAACGAUCUUCUUCGUGAACAAUAUGAAGAAGAACAAGAAGCAAAGGCUGAACUCCAACGAGCUCUAUCAAAAGCAAACGCAGAAGUUGCACAAUGGCGAAACAAAUAUGAAACCGACGCUAUUCAGAGAACUGAAGAAUUGGAAGAAGCAAAGAAGAAGUUGGCCACUCGUUUGCAAGAAGCUGAAGAGCAGGUCGAAGCCACCCAGGCAAAAUGUGCAAGCCUUGAAAAAACAAAGAACCGACUCCAAGGGGAAUUGGAAGAUCUCACAAUCGACCUUGAGAGAUCUAACUCGGCUGCUGCAGCUUUAGACAGAGAAAGAAACUUUGACAAGAUUCUUGCCGAACACAAACAAAACGAAGAAGAAUUGCAAGUAGAUUUAGAACAAGCACAGAAAGAAGCCCGUGGUUUGUCAACUGAAUUGUUCAAGAUGAAGAAUGCUUAUGAAGAAUCUCUUGAUGCUCUUGAAACUGUCAAGAGAGAAAACAAGAAUCUUCAAGAAGAAAUUGCUGAUCUUACUGAUCAGCUAGGAGAAGGAGGAAAAAGCAUACAUGAACUUGAAAAGGCAAAGAGAACUUUGGAACACGAACGCAACGAAAUACAGGCCGCUCUAGAAGAAGCAGAAGGUGCCAUCGAAGGUGAAGAAUCAAAGGUCCUCCGUUUACAAGUGGAGAUGGCUCAAAUCAAACAGGACUUCGAAAGAAGACUCAGUGAAAAAGAAGAAGAAAUUGAUAGCCAAAGACGAAACCAACAACGGUCCCUUGAAUCAAUGCAAACUACUUUGGAUUCUGAGAGUAAGGCAAGACAAGAAGCAGUUCGUAUGAAGAAGAAGAUGGAAGGAGAUCUCAACGAUCUUGAAAUUCAACUUGGACAUUCUACUCGACAAGCUACUGAUUCCCAGAAAGCAGUUAAAGCUGCCCAAGCUCAUGUUAAGGAUUUAGAAUUGCAAGUCGAUGAAGCUCAACGUCACUCUGAAGAUCUGCAAGAACAAUUCGCUGUCAUCGAUCGCAGAGAAAACUUACUGAAGGCUGAAAUUGAUGAGUUGAGAUCAGCACUCGAACAAGCAGAACGCGGCCGCAAACUUGCAGAAACUGAACUACUUGAGAGCAGCGAACGAUCCAAUCUUCUUCAUACACAAAACACCGCACUUAUCAACCAGAAACGCAAGUUGGAAGGUGAAUUGCAAAACAUGCAAGGAGAGGUUGAAGAAUCUGUUCAGGAACAGAGAAACGCAGAAGAAAAAGCAAAGAAAGCAAUUACAGACGCUGCAACAAUGUCUGAAGAACUUAAAAAGGAACAAGAUCUUUCAUCUCACUUGGAAAGAAUGAAGAAGAAUAUGGAACAAACUGUGAAGGAUCUUCAACAACGACUCGAUGAAGCUGAACAAGUUGCACUUAAAGGAGGAAAGAAACAAGUUCAAAAACUUGAAACUAGAGUCCGCGAACUUGAGAACGAACUUGAUGCAGAACAGCGUCGAAAUGGUGAAUCUGUGAAAAACCAGCGUAAACAUGAACGUAAGUUGAAGGAAGUCACUUAUCAAGCAGAAGAAGACAAAAAGAAUCUGACCCGCAUUCAAGAUCUUGUUGACAAACUUCAAAUCAAGGUCAAAACAUACAAGAGACAAGCUGAAGAAGCCGAGGAACAAGCCAACCAAAACUUAUCAAAAUAUCGUAAACUGCAACACGAAUUGGAUGAUGCUGAAGAAAGAGCUGACAUGGCAGAAUCUGCUCUCAACAAACUCAGAUCUAAAGCUCGUGAUAUGUGA